AUGGCACAAAAGAGGCAGUCAGAGGAGGGUAAGCCUCGUUCUGAUGGGAAUAGUAGUCCCGAGGAAAAGAGGAGGAGGUUCAAUUUGAAAAGUGUGGUUCAGGAGGUGAUUAAGAUGCAAUCAGUUCAGCAUUUGCUAGAGCCAAUUCUGGAGCCAUUGAUUCGUAGGGUGGUAAAAGAGGAAGUCGAAUUAGCUCUAAGGAAACAUUUGGCCAAUAUGAAACGGAACAUUGGGAAAGAGAGAGAUUCUUCUGAAUCAAGAAGCUUAAAACUACAGUUUGCGAACAACCUCUCACUUCCAGUUUUCACUGGAGCUCGCAUUGAAGGAGAAGAAGGUCCUGCAAUAAAAGUGGUUUUGGUGGAUACUCUUACUGGGAAAAUUGUCAACUCUGGUCCUGAGUCUUCUUCCAGAGUGGAAAUUGUUGUUCUUGAGGGUGAUUUUGAUGGUGAUGAGGGCGAGAACUGGACACCUGAUGAAUUUAAGAAUAACAUUGUAAGAGAGAGAGAAGGAAAGAAACCACUUCUAACUGGAGAUGUAAUCCUCAAUCUUAAAGAGGGGAUUUGUUUGGUUGGUGAGGUUUCAUUUACAGAUAAUUCAAGCUGGACAAGAAGCCGCAAAUUCAGGCUUGGGGUAAGAGCUAUGGACAGCUUUGAUGGCACUAGCAUAAAGGAAGCAAAGACAGAAUCCUUUAUUGUCAGGGAUCACCGAGGAGAAUUGUACAAGAAGCACCAUCCCCCAUCUCUGUUUGAUGAAGUUUGGAGAUUAGAGAAGAUUGGCAAAGAUGGAGCUUUCCAUAAGCGAUUGAGUCGGGAGAGUAUCAAUACUGUGAAGGAUUUCUUGAUUCUUCUCUUUAUAGAUCCUCCAAGGCUUCGCCAUAUUCUUGGCACAGGCAUGUCUGCUAAGAUGUGGGAAGUUACUGUGGAGCAUGCUCGAACUUGUGUGCUUGAUAAGAGAAUACACUUGUAUUGCCCUCCUGUUUCUCAACAGAAAACUGGUGUAGUCUUUAAUGUUGUGGGACAAGUUUUGGGAUUGCUUUCAGAAGGCCAGUAUGUUCCUAUUGAUAGGCUGUCGGAAACUGAAAAGGCUGAUGCUCAAAACUUGGUAAUCACUGCAUUUGAGCACUGGGAGCAAGUCAUAUCUUUUGAUGAUGAAGCCUCUCUGGUGGGUGACUCUUCACAAUUGUCUGAUGUUCCUUACACCUCAAGCUCACCCCGUACAGAGAAUUCUAGUGGAAGCAAGUUUUUGGCUUCACAAAAGAUAGGCGGAUUUGAUUAUGCACAACCAAGUGCAUCUUCUCCAGAUAUCAUGUCGUCUAUAUAUACUGUUGGGGGUGUGAGUGGCUUAGAUGAUUUUGCCUUGCAGGGUAUUGAAAAUAUGGGUCUUAGAUACGACCAGACUCUGAACUUCACUGGCCACGUCUCCAACUCCCUCAUUUGUGACACUGAUUCCUUGGCUCAAGCUUUCUGUGACGAGGAUCAUCUGCGGUUUUUUGAUACUGAUCUUCAGUCUCAGAACCUCAGUUUAGAAACUCAAGCUGAUUUACAAAGUGCAGUUGAUGGCUUCCUGCUGGCGCGCUCUACAGCCGUUGCUGUUGAUAAAGCUCAGAGGAGAUGGGCAAAGAUCUCAAGUGUGUUAAAAUGGUUCUCUGUCAGGAAGCUUGUGGCUACAAGAAAAACUCGUGUUCGAGAAAUUCAUAGAUAUUAG